AUAAAGAGAAGAAAGAAAUAAAAAGAGGAAAGGGAGGAACGUGCACACUUCCUCCGCUCUCCUCUUCUUGCCCGUGGAAUUGUUCUCUCCUCGCUUGCCCGGCGGCGCGGUGAGGAUGCGACGGCUCUGGCGAUGGUACCAGCAGUGCCUGGCCUCGCACCCGGUGCGCACGCAGGUCGUCAGCUCCGGCAUCCUCUGGGCCUCCGGUGACAUCGGCGCCCAGGCCGUCACCCACUACUCCGCACGCCGUCGCGCCAACAACAAACCCGUGGAUAAAGAUAAAGUUAAAGAGUUCAAAGUUGAUUGGAGGAGGGUGGCCAUCACAAGUUCCUUUGGAUUUGCUUUUGUUGGACCAGUUGGACAUUACUGGUAUGAGUACCUGGACCGUUUUAUCCGGCGGAGAUUUCAGCCUAAUACAUUCAAAUUUGUUGCCUCAAAGGUUGCUGCAGAUGGUUUCCUCUUUGGACCAUUAGAUCUUCUCUUGUUCUUCUCAUAUGUGGGUCUCGGCCAAGGAAGGAGUGUAGAGCAAGUGAAGGAAGACGUGAAAAGAGAUUUCAUUCCCGCUCUGGUACUAGGUGGGAUGAUCUGGCCAGCCGUGCAGAUCGCGAACUUCCGCUUCAUUCCCGUGCGGUACCAGCUCCUGUAUGUCAACUUGUUCUGCCUCUUGGACAGUUGUUUCCUAUCAUGGAUUGAGCAGCAGGGAGACGCUUCAUGGAAGCAGUGGUUCACAUCGUUCCAUAAAAUCGAAGACCAUAAGAGUAAGGUUUGAUUUUACUAGUUAUAAUCCAUGGUGUUCAUGCAGAUCAACAUUUAAAACUCUACUGGCUGAAGCACUAUUAACUUGCUGUAAGAUAAAAGGGGGCCAAAGUUGUCCGGGAGAGGGUUACAGGGGAUCAUGUGUUUCCCAGACAGGGAUACGGAUGUUGAUAAGCUGAAGAUGCGUGCUUGACUGCUUGUGGCUAGUGGCUGAGGCAUUGUUAACUUGCUGUAACCGGAUCUGAGCUUUAUGUCUCUGUGGUUGUCUGAAAAUUCAGUCCAAUACGGUGUCCCACUUAUGCUGCGGCCGUGGAAACAUUUCUGCGUUUUGUGGAUGUGGAAUCGCAACUUGGCAAGCUGCUCAUGACUGGGCAUUUCGUUUC